CGCCGCGCCCGGGUCCCCGGCGCAGCCGCCCUGGAGGCCCAAGCGGCGCGCAAACUUUUGCUCCAGUGCCCAGCGCUGCUCCUCGGCAUGUGAAGCCCCCAGGCGCCCGCGCAGCCGCCAGGUUCGCCCCACCCGUGGGCGCCGCCGGGCGAGAUGCUCCUCCGGGACCUGGUGCUGCGUCGCGGCAGCUGCUGGCCCUCCUUGCUGCUGCGCUGCGCCCUCCACCCGCUCUGGGGCUUCAUGCAGGUGACACACGGUGAGCCCCAGAGGUCCUGCGUCAAGGUGACUGACAGCUGCCAGCACAUCUGCCAGUGCCGGCCCCCGCCCCCGCUGCCCCCACCGCCCCCGCCCCCACCGCCUCCCAGACUCCUCUCUGCACCAGCUCCCAACUCUACCUCGUGCCCCACUGAGGAAAGCUGGUGGUCGGGGCUGGUGAUCGUCAUCGCCGUAUGCUGUGCCUCCCUCGUGUUUCUCACCGUGCUUGUCAUCAUUUGCUACAAAGCCAUAAAAAGGAAACCACUGAGGAAAGAAGAAAAUGGCACCAGUGUUGCUGAGUACCCCAUGAGCUCUGCACAGGGCAACAAAGGGGUGGAUGUGAACAAUGCGGUGGUGUGAGUCUGCAGGCCUGGACCCCCUGGCCGGGAGGACACCUUCGUGGCACUAGUGGACAUGGGAAGGUGGUGGGCACCAGCUGACCCUGGCCUCGUCCGGGACUUCAUGCCUUGUAAACCCGGAGCCUCCUGAAGGAGGAAAA